AUGGCGAACGGAGUACCGAUUAUUUGCUUAUUCAAUGGAAAACUGAGCGUUGGAAUGAAUAAUAUGCCUAUAUACGAUGGAGGCUCUAGGAAAAUGUUCAUGUUGUCCAGAAAUUACAACUUUGAUAGAUUGGUGGCGCAAAUAUACAGAGUCACUGGAAUUAAUCACGUCGAAAAUUCCAUUAAGAUCUUCUGUAAUUGUCCAAUAAAUGAUCAAAGAACAAUUGCUGUAGAGAUCACCAAUGAUGAAGAAUUGAAUAACAUGAUACAGCUUGCGGAAAAACAAGUAUCAAUCGAGUUGUUUAUUGAAAAUAUUCCAGUGUAUUCGGUCGCUGAAGUUUCAUAUGCUCGUGGAGAGUUCUCCCGCAUGCUUGAUAAUCAAAUCUCGUUAUCUCAAAGUGCCAUGCGCUUUAAAAAUGAGUCGGGUGCAAUGUCAAAUGACGUGUUCCACAACUCGCCGGGUUAUGUUUCAGUUGAUUUACCGGGGGGUUCUACAAUAGCAGAGGAUAAUGAUGAGGAUGUAGAUGCCGAUGAUGAUACUGAAGAUGCUGAAGAGGAUGAACGUCUUGAUAGUAUGCAGUAUGCAAUUGGAGAGACCAAUGAUGACGUAAGUUGGAUGGAUGAAUAUUGCGUAAAUAACGACUACGUAGAGUCUGAAGAGCCGUUGCCAGAAGAGUUUCAAAAUGAUGAGUGGAUAAAUGCCUCACAAGCUGAGUUCGUCGAUCCUGGCCCUAAUUUCGAUCCAUCCGAGGACUUUACUUUCAAGAAAGGAGAUCUUUUCGAGAACAAGGAAACAUUAAUUUUCGCUAUACGUGAAUGGACAAUAAAAAACCGGGUCAAAUUCAAGACGGUGAAAAGCAACACAACUAGCUAUCAUGUAAAGUGUUACUUUAAUGAGAGAGGUCAAGGAGAGAAUACAAGUGCUGCAGAUGAUAGAAAUUCAAAGUGUCCAUGGAAGCUUAAUGCAGCUAUUAGGAAAAAAUCACUUGGCCAGUUUAUAAUCUCUAGUUAUUGCGGACUCCAUACAUGUUCUAAUUCGACUGCAACUUAUGAUCAUAAGACUUUGACUUCCUCUUAUAUCGCAAAGCUAAUUAUGCCCGAAGUUAGGCGGGAACUUGAUCUUACUCCAGGACAGAUAAUUACAAGGGUAUAUGACAUGAAAAGAAUAACAAUUUCCAAGUUUAAAGCAUAUGAUGCACGGAGGAAGGCGUUGACUAAAAUCUUUGGAGAUUGGGAGGAAUCUUACCAAUUACUUCCGCAUUACCUUUCAGCAAUUGUGCGGAACAAUCCGGGUACCGAAUAUGACAUAGUGUCUAAGGAGGUCGCACCAGAAACGGAGAGGUUCAUAUGUGUUUUUUGGGCAUUUGGGCCCGCUAUCAGAGGGUUCUCUUUUUGUCGUCCGCUCUUAAGUAUCGAUGGAACACAUUUAUAUGGCAAGUAUAAAGGAGUAAUCUUGGUUGCGACCGGUGUAGAUGCAAACGGUGGGCUAUUUCCUGUAGCUUUUGCAGUUGUGGAGGUGGAGGAUACAUCGAGUUGGAAGUGGUUUUUUCAAUGUAUUUACAAAUAUAUUCCGACUGUUCAAAGUCCACGAGUUAUUACCUUUAUUUCUGACCGGAUGAAAGGAAUUCCACGAGCCUUGCACGAGGGGUGGAGUGCACCACAUCAUCACCGAUAUUGCUUGCGGCAUAUAAGAGCUAAUUUUAAGAAAAAACAUGGAGAGGUCAAUUUACAAAAUCUAUUAUGGCAAGCCGGUUGUGCAACUGACUCACUGGUAUAUGAGCAUUGUAGAGAGAAAAUUAAAUCCAUAUCACUUGAAGCCCACGAUUGGAUUGAACAAAACUUGAAGCCGCAAUACGAAGAUCGAUGGGCAUUAUGUAAAGAUGGUGGAGUGCGAUAUUGUAUGAUGACAACUAAUUGUUCCGAAAGUUUCAACGGCGUACUUAAGGGUGCCCGUGCUAUGCCAAUUCAAGCCUUAGUUGCAAGGACGUUUUAUAGAUUGAACGCAUAUUUUAAUAAGAGGCGCAUUGAUAGUGCAAAUUGGACGAGUAAGUACACUCCAAAAAAUGAGAUUAUUUUGCAGAAAAGGAUUGUGGCUGUGAGAACAUGUAGAAUUGAACAAUUCAACAACAAUGAGUGGGAGGUUAAAGAUUGUGAUGAAAAUCCCAUGUCAACACGUUUUAGCAGCUAG